AUGGCUCCCCCCGUAGCUGGCGCUCAGGCGAACGUGACCCUUGACCCCGCUCUGCUGUUCACAGGCAGAUGGUGGCAGCACUCGCACAUUUUUUGGUUGAACAUCCUCUUGCUCGUUCCGCUCGUUACGUCCUACGCCAAUGGAUUUGACGGAAGUAUGAUGAAUGGAUUGCAGUCCGUAGAGCAAUGGAAACAAUACUUUGGUUAUCCUAGUUCCGAGGACCUCGGUUUAUUCAACGCCAUUCAGUCAAUUGGCGCAUUGGCUGCUACUCCAUUCGCACCCUACGUCUCUGAUAUCUUUGGCCGCAAGACCGGUAUCUUGUUCGGCAGCGCUCUCGUCCUCAUCGCUGCUAUCCUCCAAACCGCGACUCAGAACCUCGGCAUGUUUGUCGGUUCGCGUUUCUUGAUCGGCUUUGGCACAACUUUUGCUCAAAUGGCCUCCCCCUUGCUCGUUUCUGAAGUUGCCUACCCUACUCACCGCGCCGCCCUCACCUCCCUCUACAACUCUCUCUGGUUCUCUGGUUCUAUCGUUGCUGCCUGGUCCACUUUCGGUACCUUCCGCAUUCCCAACAGCUGGUCAUGGCGCAUCCCGUCCGCUCUCCAAGGUUUAUCCUCUGUCAUCCAGUUCCUCUUCAUCUGGUUCCUCCCUGAAUCCCCCCGCUGGCUCAUCUCCAAGGGUAAAGACGAAAGGGCCCGCCAGAUUCUCGUCAAAUGGCACGCUGGUGGUCGCGAAGACGACCCAUUGGUUGCAUUCGAGUUUAACGAAAUCAAAGAGGCAUUGGCCCUUGAAAGCCAAGCUGCUCAAGCUAGUUGGCUCGACUUGUUCCGCACCCCUGGAAACCGUAGGCGUAUGCGCAUCAUCAUGGCUAUUGCUCUGUUCUCGCAAUGGUCUGGCAACGGUCUGAUCUCGUACUACCUUGAGCGUGUCCUGAACGGUAUUGGGAUCACCAAGGCUGAUGACCAGACAUUGAUCAACGGUGUCAUUGCCAUUUACAAUUUUGCGAUCGCAAUCACCUCGUCCUUCUUUGUCGAACGCGCUGGCCGUCGCCGUUUGUUCCUGAUCUCCAACGCAGGCAUGCUGAUUGGCUACUCCCUACUCACCGCCUGUUCCGCUACAUUCGCCAAGACCGGCAAUGCCCAUGCUGGACACGGUGUACUGGCAUUCAUCUUUGUGUUCAACGGCUUCUACGCCAUCGCAUACACUCCUCUCCUUGUAUCUUACACGGUCGAGAUUCUGCCGUUCUUCUUGCGCGCCAAGGGUCUGGCGCUGAUGAACCUCACCGUAUUGGCCGCUAUCAUCUUCAACCAGUACACUAACCCCAUCGCUUUGGACGCCUUGCAGUGGAAGUACUACCUAGUGUACACUGUCUGGCUCGUAGUCGAGCUUGCAUACAUCUACUUCUUCGCAGUCGAGACCAAGGGCCGCUCGCUCGAAGAAACCGCUGCGCUAUUCGAUGGUGACGACGCCGUCCGCGAACUCGGUACACGCACUCAAGCCGAUAUGAUUGAAGGGGCCCAUCAUGAGAAGGGAAGCGGAAGCUUAGAGCAUGUGGAGGUAGAUGUACUGAGGAAGUGA